AUGAAGAUUAAAGAGUUCAAAAAAGAAGGUCCUGCCAAUGUGCGGUAUCAGAAGCGUUUUUCUCUAUGGCAGAACAGUAAUGCUCUAGCUACAAAAAUGAAACUGAAGGAAAGAAUAAAUCCGCAGGCAGAUAAGUUCGAAUCUUUGGCGAGUCCAGGUAACCGCUACCUCAGUGACAAUCUGGGACUGAGACUGUUACAGGAUAAGACCUCACACUGGCCACCCCCUUUCUCGCUCGUGAUUGGCAAGACGGGCGGAGCCCUCCGCGGCGAUUGGCGGCCGCCGGAAGGAGGUGGGGUAGGUUGCGUGAAGGGUAAUAAAGUUAGUGGAGCCGGCUCGGUGCGCCUUAGACGCGGCAGCGGGUCGGCUCUCUAUGGAGGUGGCAGAGGGACGCGUUGGGCCGUGGCUGCUCUGGCUGUGAUUCUUCGUUGUCAAGCCGCCAAAGUGGAGAGUGCGAUUGCAGAAGGGGGUGCUUCUCGUUUCAGUGCUUCUUCAGGCGGAGGAGGUGGUAGGGGUGCACCUCAGCACUAUCCCAAGACUGCCAGCAACAGCGAGUUCCUGGGGAAAACCCCAGGGCAAAACGCUCAGAAAUGGAUUCCUUCACGAAGCACUAGACGAGAUGACGACUCCGCAAACGACAAAGAACGACAUGAUGCAAUCUUCAGGAAAGUAAGAGGCAUAUUAAAUAAGCUUACUCCUGAGAAGUUUGACAAGCUAUGCCUUGAGCUCCUCAAUGUGGGUGUAGAAUCUAAGCUCAUCCUAAAAGGGGUCAUACUGCUGAUCGUAGACAAAGCCCUUGAAGAGCCCAAGUAUAGCUCGCUGUACGCUCAACUAUGUCUGCGACUGGCAGAAGAUGCACCCAACUUUGAUGGCCCAUCAGCAGAGAGUCAUCCAGGACAGAAGCAAAGCACAACAUUCAGACGCCUCUUAAUAUCUAAACUUCAAGAUGAAUUUGAAAACCGAACCAGAAAUGUUGAUAUCUAUGAUAAGCAUGAUGGUCCCCUCCUCCCUGAGGAGGAGGAACAGAGAGCCAUUGCCAAGAUCAAGAUGCUGGGGAACAUCAAAUUCAUUGGAGAACUUGGCAAGCUUGAUCUUAUUCAUGAAUCUAUCCUUCAUAAGUGCGUCAAAACACUUUUGGAAAAGAAGAAGAGAGUCCAACUCAAAGAUAUGGGGGAGGAUUUGGAGUGCCUCUGUCAGAUAAUGAGGACAGUGGGACCUAGAUUAGACCAUGCAAAAGCCAAGUCCUUAAUGGAUCAGUACUUUGCCCGUAUGCGCUCCUUGAUGUCAAGUAAGGAAUUGCCAGCAAGGAUUCGUUUCCUGCUGCAGGAUACUGUGGAGUUGAGAGAACACAACUGGGUUCCUCGCAAAGCUUUUCUUGACAAUGGACCAAAGACUAUCAAUCAAAUCCGUCAAGAUGCAGUAAAAGAUCUGGGAGUUUUUAUUCCUGCUCCUAUGUCUCAAGGGAUGAGAAGCGACUUCUUUCUGGAGGGACCCUUUAUGCCACCCAGGAUGAAACUUGACAGGGACCCACUCGGAGGGCUUGCUGAUAUGUUUGGACAAAUGCCAGGUAGCGGAAUUGGUACUGGUCCAGGGGUUAUUCAGGAUAGAUUUUCACCCACCAUGGGACGCCAUCGUUCAAACCAACUUUUCAAUGGCCAUGGGGGUCACCUCAUGCCUUCUGCUCAAUCCCAGUUUGGAGAACUAGGCAAAUCUUUUCUGAAAAGUCAGGGGCAAAGCCAGCUCUACCAUAACCAGAAUCAGGGACUCUUAUCCCAGCAACAAGGACAGUCGAAGGAUAUGCCACCUCGGUUUUCUAAGAAAGGACAGCUUAAUGCAGAUGAGAUUAGCCUGAGACCUGCUCAGUCUUUUCUAAUGAACAAAAAUCAAGUGCCAAAGCUUCAGCCUCAGAUAACUAUGAUUCCUCCCAGUGCUCAACCACCACGCACUCAAACACCACCUUUGGGACAGCCUCCUCAACUUGGUCUUAAAACAAAUCCACCACUGAUACAAGAAAAGCCUGCAAAGACCACCAAGAAACCACCUCCUUCUAAGGAAGAGCUACUUAAACAAACUGAAGCUGUUGUGACUGAGUAUCUGAACAAUGGAAAUGCUAAUGAUGCUGUCAAUACUGUGAGAGAAAUGAGAGCUCCAAAACACUUCAUUCCUGAGAUGUUGAGCAAAGUAAUCAUUCAAUCCCUAGAUCGAUCAGAUGAAGACAAAGAGAAAGCAAGUACUUUGAUCAGCUUGCUCAAGCAGGAGGGAAUAGCCACAAGUGACAACUUCAUGCAGGCGUUCCUGAAUGUGUUGGACCAGUGCCCCAAACUGGAGGUAGACAUCCCACUGGUGAAAUCCUACUUAGCGCAGUUUGCAGCCCGGGCCAUUAUUUCAGAACUGGUGAGCAUUUCCGAGCUGGCUCAACCGCUGGAAAGUGGCACCCAUUUCCCUCUCUUCCUGCUCUGCCUUCAACAGUUAGCUAAGUUGCAAGAUCGUGAAUGGCUAACAGAAUUGUUCCAACAAAGCAAAGUGAAUAUGCAGAAAAUGUUACCAGAAAUUGACCAGAACAAGGACCGCAUGCUGGAGAUCUUGGAAGGGAAGGGGCUUAGCUUCUUGUUCCCACUUCUGAAACUGGAGAAGGAACUGCUAAAGCAAAUUAAAUCGGAUCCAUCCCCUCAAGCCAUCUAUAAGUGGAUUAAAGAUAACAUUUCACCCAAACUUCAUGUAGAUAAGGGAUUUGUGAAUAUAUUGAUGACCAGUUUCUUGCAGUAUAUUUCUAGUGAAGUAAACCCACCCAGUGACGAAUCGGAUUCUUCGUCUGCUCCAUCUAAAGAGCAGCUGGAGCAGGAAAAACAACUGCUUCUUUCCUUCAAGCCGGUAAUGCAGAAGUUCCUCCAUGACCAUGUUGAUCUGCAAGUGAGUGCUUUAUAUGCACUCCAGGUGCACUGCUACAACAAUAACUUCCCAAAAGGCAUGUUACUGCGCUUCUUUGUGCAUUUCUAUGACAUGGAGAUCAUCGAAGAAGAAGCCUUCCUGGCAUGGAAAGAAGACAUUACUCAAGAGUUUCCAGGGAAAGGCAAAGCUUUAUUCCAGGUAAACCAGUGGCUAACCUGGCUGGAAACUGCUGAAGAAGAAGAAUCUGAAGAAGAAGCUGACUAAAGAACCAGCCAAAGCCUUAAAUUGUGCAAACAUACUGUUGCUAUGAUGUAACUGCAUUUGACCUAACCACUGCGAAAAUUCAUUCCGCUGUAAUGUUUCACAAUAUUUAAAGCAGAAGGAUGUCAAUAGGAUAUCCUCUGCAAAAGGUUUUUGUAGUAUGUCUUAAUAGUCUACAAUAAAAAUAUUUUAGAGUAUCCUUAAUGUUUAGGUAACAGUGUAUUAGCAGCAUGCAAUAAUUACAUCAUAAGUUCUCGAGCAGAAGCAGUCUGUUGCAAGGAUCUUCUUUGCUGCCAGUUAUCAUAGGCUGUUUUUUAAGUUAGAAAACUGAAUAGCAACACUGAAUACUGUAGAAAUGCACUUUGCUCAGUGUAAUACUUGAGUUGUUGCAAUAUUUGAUUAUCCAUUUGGUUGUUACAGAGAAUCCUUAACUGUAAUCGAUGGUUGUUGCCGUAAUAGUAUAUUGCCUGUAUUUCUACCUCUAGUAAUGGGCUUUAUGUGCUAGGUUUUAAUAUCCUUGAGCCUGGGCAAGUGCACAAGUCUUUUUAAAAGAAACAGUUUACUUGCACAAAAAACUGAUCAGCUGAAGAGAUGGUUUAAUGCCCUUUGGAAGAGGUUUUUGUGGGUGUGAAACAUGACAUGGUGAGAAAUUUGAAUUGGUCCCUCUAUUAUAGUACUGAAAUUAAGUCUACUUAAUUUAUCAAGACAUGUUCAUGCCCUGAUUUUAUAUACUUGUAUCUAUCAAUAAACAUUGUGAUACUUGACUUGUUUCUGAAUGUUUCCCAGUAGAAAAGCUUUGACUGACAACUAGGUUGCUUAUGGAAGGAAACAUCAGUGGGAGUUGAUUUAGACUGGUACCAUCUUGAGAUUCUUUUUAUAAUAAUUGUCUUAACAUGGAAAUUAAUGCUAAAUAAGGUCACAGACAAGAUUAGACACUACAAAGGAGGAAAAUUGAGAAAUUCUGCUGAAGAAAUGGUGGGAGUUUGCCUUGUGGUCCAAUGUAUGCUUUAUCAGUAUGUGCUUUUUAACUUACUAAUGCUUUGAACUUUCUCCAGGUCACACGCAUGUUUUUAAUGAAGUGGCACUGACUAUUAGCUGCCUGUUUCUCAAAUCAAUUUGGAAAAAAAAACACCAAACCAGAAAAGUUCAAUUAUGUUGCAUUGUACAGGCUUGAAAUGUCAUCUAUUAAAUACAGAGGAUACCUUGCUUCUUA